ACUUUCCCCGAGGUCCGAGUUGGUAGCUACCCAGCGUGUGGCGGCGGUUACUGCCGCGGCGGAGAAAUGAAGCAGAAGCGGAAAGCUUUCUCUACAGGCCGGCAUUAUGUUUGGUGGCAGUUCCCGAGCCGUAGUCUCAUGGCUUUUAUCAGUGGUGGGAAACUGGCAUUUUUUUGUCUUGAGGAAAGAACUCCACUUGGCCUGACUUGGGAGAUCUCAGCCCUGCUGAGCUGAUGAUGCUGACUAUAGGAGACGUUAUUAAACAACUAAUUGAAGCCCAUGAACAGGGGAAAGACAUCGAUCUGAAUAAGGUGAAAACCAGGACAGCUGCCAAAUAUGGCCUUUCAGCACAGCCCCGCCUGGUGGAUAUCAUCGCUGCUGUCCCACCUCAGUAUCGAAAGGUCUUAGUCCCCAAAUUAAAGGCAAAACCCAUCAGAACUGCCAGUGGGAUUGCUGUUGUGGCUGUGAUGUGCAAACCCCACAGAUGCCCACACAUCAGUUUUACAGGAAAUAUAUGUGUAUACUGCCCUGGUGGACCAGAUUCAGAUUUUGAAUAUUCAACCCAGUCUUAUACUGGAUAUGAGCCAACCUCCAUGCGAGCUAUCCGCGCUAGAUAUGACCCUUAUCUACAGACAAGACACCGAAUAGAACAGUUAAAACAACUUGGUCACAGUGUGGAUAAAGUGGAGUUUAUUGUGAUGGGUGGAACAUUUAUGGCCCUUCCAGAAGAAUACAGAGAUUAUUUUAUUCGAAAUUUACAUGAUGCCUUAUCAGGACAUACCUCCAACAAUAUUUACGAGGCAGUCAAGUAUUCUGAAAGAAGCCUCACAAAGUGUAUUGGAAUUACAAUUGAGACCAGACCAGAUUACUGCAUGAAGCGGCAUUUAAGUGACAUGUUGACCUAUGGCUGCACAAGGCUGGAGAUUGGGGUACAGAGUGUCUACGAAGAUGUGGCCAGAGAUACCAACAGGGGCCACACUGUGAAGGCAGUAUGUGAGUCAUUUCACCUGGCCAAGGAUUCUGGUUUCAAAGUUGUGGCUCAUAUGAUGCCUGAUCUGCCAAAUGUGGGACUAGAGAGAGACAUCGAACAGUUUAUAGAAUUUUUUGAGAACCCUGCUUUUCGUCCUGAUGGUUUGAAACUCUACCCUACCCUGGUGAUUCGUGGAACUGGACUUUAUGAGCUCUGGAAAUCAGGAAGAUAUAAGAGUUAUUCUCCUAGCGACCUGAUUGAAUUGGUGGCUCGGAUCCUUGCCCUCGUGCCUCCAUGGACUCGAGUAUACCGAGUGCAGAGAGAUAUUCCAAUGCCCUUAGUCAGUUCAGGGGUAGAGCAUGGUAAUUUGAGAGAGCUGGCAUUUGCAAGAAUGAAAGACCUUGGAAUACAGUGUCGAGAUGUAAGAACCAGAGAGGUUGGAAUCCAAGAAAUUCAUCACAAAGUACGGCCAUACCAGGUUGAAUUGGUGAGGAGAGAUUAUGUUGCAAAUGGUGGCUGGGAAACAUUCUUAUCAUAUGAAGACCCAGAUCAAGACAUAUUGAUUGGCCUCCUGCGAUUACGAAAGUGUUCAGAAGAAACGUUCCGUUUUGAAUUGGUUGGAGGUGUUUCCAUAGUUCGAGAGCUGCAUGUGUAUGGAAGUGUCGUCCCUGUGAGCAGUCGAGAUCCUACUAAAUUUCAGCAUCAGGGAUUUGGCAUGCUGCUGAUGGAGGAGGCAGAAAGAAUAGCUAGAGAAGAACAUGGAUCUGGGAAAAUAGCUGUUAUAUCAGGGGUCGGCACCAGGAAUUAUUACAGAAAGAUUGGCUACAGAUUACAAGGUCCGUACAUGGUAAAGACACUAAAGUAAUGGCCGCACCAGCUCACCUUGAUGCAGUCUCCUCCCAGCAGAAAAUAAAAAUUCAAGAUAUUUUGAAUACUCAGCAGAGAGGCUGAGCUAAACAAAUGGACCCAGCCUGUCUCCCUGGCAAGGAGCUUCUCCCUCAUCCUACAGCUGCGGAGACUGGAAUCUGCUCGCAGGGCCAGGCUGGGUGUCUGCUGACCAAGCCCAUCGAGCUUCGGUGCUCAGAGCUCCCGCUCGCCCUCCUCUGUAUCUUCUCAAGUCACAUAUCCAGUUCCUAAAGUCUGCAUGAAGCCUCCAGUUGACCUGCCUUGACUCAUGCACAGUGAUGAAAGCAAAGUAACUCAUUUGGACACCAGCAUUCGUGAAAUAAAGCUAGCUAUUGUCAUUCAAGGAAUAAACUUAGGAGUAGGUUAUUUAUGUCCUGUAGGGACAAAAGGAUUGGAACAUGGGAAAACUGUUUGCCUUUGAUCUCUGUCCUUUUAUUUGAUAUAAAUUCCAGCACAAGAAAAUGA